GGUUUCGCGCUUCCGCUUCCGGGUGCUGCUGUUGCUAGGCCUUGCGCUGCGUUGCUAAGAGAGGCCUAGUUUAGGCCAAGGGCGCCAUGGCGGGGAGCCGGUUGGAGAAGCUCGGCACUGUCUUCAGUCGGACACAGGACUUGUUACGCUCUGGGGUGAUGUCUGAGGCCAAGAAACCCAUCUGGUAUGACGUUUAUGCCGCUUUCCCUCCGUUGAGGGAGCCUCUUUAUCGGGAGCCUCGUCCACUAUAUGGCAAAGCGUCAAGCACAGUCCCCACAAUCCUGUACCAGGAGGAUGAGAUCAGAGCGAAAUUUUAUGAAGCUUAUGGAAAUGGCCCAAGAGCCUUUGAGCUGUCCAGAUUAAACUUUAAAUCCACCUGCCAAAGGUUUGUUGAGAAAUACCACGAGCUGCAGAAGCAGGGAGAAAUGGAUGAUGACAGACUGUUUGAGGAAACGGGGAAAGCUCUCCUGGCCGAGGGACUUAUCCUGCGAAGGAAAGCAAUGGGGGACGUAACCCAGGAGGCUCACCUGGAAGCCAAGCCUGCAUUGCAAACGAGGCUCCAAAGCAUGUUGCAGGAGAUGCUUGACCCCGUGCCAGAACAGAAGCCCGAGUCCACAGAAGAGCCAGCGGGAGGCCCCUCGACGCCCUGAAGGACUCUGCGUUUCUCAGCCUUAGUUUUAAAGCGCUGCGACGUGCCGCUGAAGGAGAGACCGUGCAAAACAAAUGGUCACCAAAGCUCCGCCCACCUCAUAUUUCCCAUGGUUAUGAAUAAUGGCGUGCUGUAGGAAGGCCAUGAGGACUGUCUACUUGGGACAUGCUUUGGGAGGCAAUCCGACAUACUACAGUUGGUGUUUAAAAUGAUGAAUUCAAUCAUUAAAAACUUCCUUGAGAUCUUUCAGUGA